AUGGCGAUUCCCUGCCCCACCAAGGUCUGGCAUAGCGAUACUUAUCCGGCCAUUUCCCCGGAGCAACCCCGACUCUCCAAGGCCGGCAAGUCCGUCUUCAUCACCGGCGCCAGCCCCGGCGGCAUCGGCUCCGGCAUCGCCACUUCGUUCGCGCGCGCCGGCGCCUCCGCAAUCGGCCUCUUUGGGCGCAAGCCGGCCAACCUGGCAAAGACCAAGGAGGCCAUCGCGGCGAUCGCCCCCGAGGCCGCCGUGCACAUAUACACGGGCGACCUGACCGACGCCGCCUCCGUCCAGCGCGCCGUGUCCGACUUCGCGGCCAAGUCCCCGUCGGGCACCAUCGACAUCCUCGUCGCAAACGCCGCCUACCUGGCCGACCUGGACACCAUCGCCGGCUCGGACCCGGCCGACUGGUGGGCUGGGUUCGAGACCAACAUCCUGGGCAACUUCCACCUGGUGAGGGCCUUCUUCCCGCACGCCACGCCCACCAAGGACGGCAAGAGUGCCACCAUCGUCCACAUCAGCUCGUCUGCCAUCUAUAUCCCGUACAUACCGGGAUUUAGCUCGUACCGUGGCUCCAAGAUUGGCGCACACAAGGUGUUUGAAUAUGUCGCCCAGGAGCACCCGGACAUCCACGUUGUGCAGGUACACCCGGGCCUGAUUCUGACGUCGGAGCUCGCGACCAAGUUUUCCAGUGAACUUGAGGACCCGAAAUAUGCAAAUUUAGUUGCAGACACCAUGGCGCUAUCUGGAGACUUUGUCAACUGGGCGUGCAGCGACGAGGCGAGAUUCCUCCGGGAUCGCAUGAUUCACGCCAAUUGGGACGUCGAAGAGCUCAAGGCUAUGGCGCCUGAGUUGGCCAAUGAUCCUACCAAGUUCAACUUGGGACUGCUGGGUUUGUUCUAG